AUGCCCUUAAAACAGAUUAAUCACGACCCCCAGUUUAAACCAGUUAAAAGUAUCUAUGAAAAUCGUCUUAGACAGUUCAUUGAUACUGGCGGCUACAAGGACUUGAACCUACCUAAAUUCUACGAUAAGCAAAGAAUUCACCAGGAUGGCGAAUAUGUUAAAAUUUGGUACUACCAAAUUCCCUGGGAAAAGGGUUUUGACCCAACUGCUCCAAGUGUGAGGCCAAGUUGGAAAAGUAUUAUUGAUGCUGAUAAGAACGGGGAGAUCAAAUGGAAAAAUACGGCUGAGAACCAACCAUUUGGUCCUUCUUGGACGACAACCUGGUUUAAGGUCAAUUUGAGUAUUCCUCAAGAUUGGUUAGAUUCUGGUGAUCAGUUGACAUUUGAAUUUAACUGUGAUAAUGAAGGUAUUGUUAUCGAUCCUGAGACUUUAGUCCCCUAUACCGCAUUUUCUGGUAACGAGAGAAAGGAGUAUCACUUGCCUCGUAAUGGUGACGGUAAAUAUUUCUUUUAUAUUGAAUGUGGUAACAAUGGUAUGUUCGGUGUUGGUUCAGGUGGCACGAAUAAUGCGCCAGACCCCAAUAGAUAUUUCCAUUUGAAAACCGCCGAUAUCGUUUGGCCAGACUGGGAUGCAAGAGCUCUUUAUUUUGAUUUUUGGGAAUUAAGUGAUGCUGCUCGAGAAUUACCGGAUGAUUCUUGGCAAAGGAACAGGGCAAGACAAAUUGGUAAUGAAGUUAUGAAUUUGUUUGACCCCAACGAUAGAUCGUCGGUGGUUAGAUGUCGUGAAUUCUUGAAAAAAGAGUAUUACGACAAAUAUAAUGACAGUGACAAAGUUUACGGCAAGGGGGAUUCAUCACUUUUGCCUAAUGUUUAUGCGAUAGGUAAUUGUCACAUUGAUACGGCCUGGUUAUGGCCAUGGGCGGAAACACAUAGGAAGAUCGUUAGAUCCUGGUCAUCCCAAACCACUUUGAUGGACAAGUAUCCGGAGUAUCAGUUUGUCGCCUCCCAAGCUCAACAGUUUAAGUGGUUAAAGGAUGAACAUCCUGAAUUUUUCUACGGUAGUUUGGUUCCCAAGGUGGAGCAGGGUCAAUUUUAUGCUGUCGGCGGUUCCUGGGUGGAAAAUGAUACCAAUAUUCCUCAAGGUGAAUCGCUAUGUAGACAAUUUCUUUUGGGCCAAAGGUUUUUCAUGAAGCAUUUUGGUGCUAAAUCAACCGUUUUCUGGUUACCUGAUACUUUUGGUUAUUCUUCACAGAUUCCACAAAUUUGUCGUACCUCUGGUAUUGAAAGAUUCCUAACGCAGAAGUUAGCUUGGAAUAAUAUUGAUAACUUCCCCCACUCUACCUUUAACUGGGUUGGUAUUGAUGGCUCACAAGUGUUGACACACAUGCCUCCCGGUAACACAUAUACCUCUGACGCUAAUUUUGGUGAUGUCUUACGUACCGCCAAGCAAAACAAGACUCAGGAAUUUUACGAACCAGGGUUGAUGCUUUACGGUAAAGGUGAUGGUGGUGGUGGCCCCACAAAGGAACAAUUGGAGAAAAUGAGACGUAUCAGAUCGUUGUACAACCGCAAUGGUAAUGUGAUCCCCAAAUUACAACUGGGUCUCUCAAUUGAUCAAUUUUACGAUAACAUUUUGGAAAGGACCCAUCAAGGUGAUGAUUUACCUGCGUGGGUUGGUGAGUUGUAUUUGGAAUUCCAUAGGGGUACUUAUACCACACAGGCUAGAAUGAAACAGUUGAUGAGAUCUUCAGAAAUUAAACUACACGAUUUGGAAUGGAUAGCUACCAAGACUUCUUUGUUAUACCCUGGUAAAUAUAAGUAUCCGGCUUCCAAGAUUAAUGACUUAUGGGAAAACGUAUUAUUAUGUCAAUUUCAUGAUGUUUUACCUGGUUCUUGUAUUGAACUAGUUUACAAGUAUGAAGCUAGACCUAUGUUGGAGAAUGUUCUAAAAGAAGCCGAUAAAUUGUUACAAGGCGCUCAGACGGUUUUGAUCGAUAAUGCUGUCAAGAGUAAAGAUCAAGUGUCGGUUGGUACUCUUGCUUGGUGCAAGGAAGAUUUGAAAGCAGAUGCAUCUGAUUUUAUCCCAGCCACUUGUACAGUGGAAGAUGAUUACUUUGUUCUAAACAACGGUGAGUUGACAGUUAAGAUCAGUAAGCACAGUGGUGUGAUCACUAGUAUUGUUAAUGAAAAGACAAAGACUGAAUACAUUGACAACAAGCAUGGUAGAAACAAGCUAGGAGCUAAUCAAUUUGUGUUGUUCGAUGAUGAACCUACAUCUUUCCCCGCUUGGGAUACUGAAUUGUACUCUGUGAACAAGUACAAAUACUUGACCAAAGUUGAGAAGAUCGAGGUGGUGUCGUCUACAGCUUCUGCUGUUACGGUGGAGGUUGUUGUGCCUGUAAGGCAGGAUUGUAAAUUGAAAACACAGAUUACGUUGAAGGGUAAGGAAGCAGGUGUCACCGAUGAGAGUAAAGUGGAUAUUCACACUAAAGUGGAAAAUUGGAAUGCCUUCUACCAAUUCUUAAAAGUGGAGUUCCCUGUCAACAUCAUCAAUGAUUUCGCCUCUUACGAGACCCAAUUCGGAAUUACUAAGAGGCCUACUCAUUACAACACGAGUUGGGAUACAGCCAAAUUUGAAGUGUGUCACCACAAGUUUGCCGAUUACUCUGAAUACACGAAGGGUGUUUCUAUUCUCAACGACUGUAAAUAUGGGUUCUCUACUCAUGGUAAUUUGAUGAGACUCUCACUUUUGAGGUCAGCAAAGGCGCCUGAUGCUAAUGCUGAUAUGGGUAACCAUGAAUUCUCAUAUGCUAUUUAUCCUCAUAGAGGCCCUCUAUCCCACAAGACCGUGAAGUUAGGAUUAGAAUUCAACUAUCACUACAAAUUUGAUUUAUCUUCUGAAGCCGCUAAGGCCUUUGACCAAUUUAUCACUCUCGGCGGUGAUCCUAACGUGGUUUUGUCUAACAUUAAGAGAGGUGAAGAUGACAAGUCUAUUGAUUCUCAAUAUGCUCUUGACCCACAAGACAAGACAACUGUUGUCGUGAGGUUGUAUGAAUCCUUGGGUGGUGAAUCUUUAGCAACAUUGACUACUUCACUGCCUAUUAAGGAAGUACACAAGAUCGACAGCUUGGAAACAAAAAGUCUCGAGAAGUUGCACUUCCAUACUAAUAAAAAUGAUGCUAAAUUGCAGGAUAUUCCAAUUACUUUGAGACCAUUCGAGAUUGGUACUUAUAAGCUGGUUCUUUGA